GCGGCGGGAGGAGGAGGAGGAGGAGGAAGUGGAGGCGGCGUUGAAUAGCGGGCAAAUGGAGACCUGAGAAGCUGCACCAGCCCCAGAGGGAAGGAGGCGAGCGUGCGGCUCCAGACGCCCCUCGCCCGUCCCCAGCGCCCGCGGCUCACCCGAGACGGCCCUUUUCCUCCUGGGCGAACUCCGAGUCGCCGUCGCCUCAGGCUGGGCUUCCGUGAAGGGCAGCAAUAGCCGCCGCCGCCGCCGCCGCUUGUCUGCUCCAUUAAACGUGCAGAGGAAGGAGGAGGAGAAGGAGAAGCAGCUCCCUCACGGCUGGAGGCACCCUUUCCCGUUGUCUCGGAACCUUUCUGGCUUCGCUUUGCCUCUCGGAGGGCCUGCGGAAAAGGGUUGCACCCAACUUGCUGUUGCUGCUGAUCGCCUGGACCCGGAGCCCGCCCGAGCCAUGCAAGCCUUUGGCGUGGGGAAGUUUCCAGAUGGUUACUAAGAGAUUUCUUUUGCUGUCCAUCCCCGCCACUUCCCUCUCCGAGGUUUCUGCUGCUUGAAAACAAAUAAUAAUAAUAAUAAUAAUAAUAAUAAUAAUAACAACAACAACAACAACAACAACCCCAAAUAUAUGUGAAAUACUAAAGACCUCGCUGUCUUCGGAGUUCCAGGCAUCCUAAAGACUGAAUGAGUGUCUUCUAGAUCUCUCUCUCACACACUCACUCACACACACACACACACUCUCACAGUCUCUCACUCUCACACACAUCAUUUCCAAGUAGGUGCCGGAAUCAUCUUUUGCGUACUGAGGGGGGUCGUUUCCUUCCUGUUUCUUCCCUUCUUCAAAGAACAAGUGGAAGACGAGAUGCAGACCUUUUUGAAAGGGAAAAGGGUUGGUUAUUGGCUGAGCGAGAAGAAAAUCAAGAAGCUGAAUUUCCAAGCCUUUGCAGAGCUUUGCAGGAAAAGAGGGAUAGAAGUCAUACAGCUUGACCUUACCAAACCAAUAGAAGAUCAGGGCCCAUUAGAUGUCAUCAUACAUAAACUGACAGACGUCAUCAUUGAAGCUGACCAAAAUGACAGCCAGUCGCUGGAGUUGGUUCACAGGUUCCAGGAGUAUAUUGAUGCUCAUCCUGAAACCAUCAUUCUGGACCCCCUUCCUGCUAUUAGGACACUGCUGGACCGAUCAAAGUCUUAUGAGCUUAUUAGACAAAUAGAGACCUACAUGAAAGAUGAGAGGAUCUGUUCACCACCAUUUAUGGAGCUGACAAGUGCAUGUGGAGGAGAUACCUUGCAGCAGAUAGAGAAGAAUGGAAUAGCAUUCCCAUUCAUUUGUAAGACAAGAGUGGCCCACGGGACCAACUCUCAUGAGAUGGCUAUCAUAUUCAACCAAGAAGGCCUGAAAGCCAUCCAGCCCCCAUGUGUGAUUCAGAGCUUCAUCAACCACAAUGCCGUUCUUUACAAAGUCUUUGUGGUUGGAGAGUCAUACACCGUAGUGAAAAGACCGUCUGUAAAGAACUUCUCAGCAGGCGUUUCAGAUAGAGAAUCAAUAUUUUUCAACAGCCACAACGUAUCAAAGCCAGAAUCCUCUUGCAUCCUAACAGCACUUGAUAAAAUAGAAGGCGUGUUUGAGAGGCCCAAUGAUGAUGUCAUCCGUGCCAUCUCGAAGACUUUGAGGCAGGCCCUGGGAGUUUCUCUGUUUGGGAUUGACAUCAUCAUCAACAAUCAAACCGGGCAGCACGCUGUUAUCGACAUCAAUGCAUUCCCAGGUUAUGAGGGUGUCUCAGAGUUCUUCGCAGACCUCUUGAACCACAUAGCCACCGUCCUGCAGGGACAAGCUCCAGAAGUGUCCCAGCUAAACCAUAACAAGCACCUGGUGGAGCAGACCAGCAGCCUGGUGGCGGAGCGGACAUGCUGUGCGAACACGGGCUGCCGGAGCAUGGUGGCCAAAGACCCCUGGAUUGUGGACAGUGAGACCAACAGCUCCGUGAAGCUUCAGCACCAGAGACUAGGCUGUAACUCCGCAGUGUCUCCUAGCUUUCAGCAACACUGUGUUGCCACAUUGGCAACAAAAGCUUCCUCUCAAUAACCCAAUCAGUGCCAUGGACUGAGAAAAUCAACAACGACAUUGUAGUCCCCAUGAUCAGAGCAGGCUGGUUGGUAAACAAAUAAAGUAAAAUCUCCAUUGGUUCAACGUGAUUUUGAAAAAGAAAACAAAAUUAGUGAUCUGGGUCCACUUCAUCAGAUUCCUAUUGUAGAUCUAUAGUGAGUUUACACAUGUGUGUGUGUCUGUGUGCAUGUGUCUUAAACACUAGACAAUGUGGGAGGAUGGGUUUUGUGUGUUUCCCCCUUUUUCCCUCUCUCCCUCUCUUCCUCUUUGUAAUCGUUAAAGACCAGAAUUUCAAGGAACGUGUUGAAAAUUUGCACACUGGAAUUCAACAGCCCUUCCCGCUCCAAAGGGUAAAACAAGAGUGCCCACAGUAGAAAUCACACAUCCGUUUAUUGUGCAAUUGAAAGGUUCUAUACUAAGGCAAAACCUGCAUGUCCAGGAUUGGCGUUCUUUACUUUGACUGAGUGGGCGCUAAUGUUAGAGCCAGCUUCAAACAGAUUCCCUUCUCCUAAAAGAAAAGUAUUACUUGGCUACUCUUUUGCCACUGUGAAAAUUAGAGUCCAUUACCUGGUUAAAUUUCUUAAUUGGAGUUAGGUUGAUGCUGCACUGCCAUUUAUCUUGUCUUUUGCCGGGGGUGUGUGUGUGUUUCCUUUCAUCUAGCCUAUUUUCUGCUGCUUAGCUGAUCCUGAGACUGCAGGAGGUCAAGUGUAUUUGUGACCACUACUCCCCGCAAUUCAUUUUGCUCAGCUGUGGGCAGAAAUUUGUACAAAAGAGUAAAUGUUUAUCAAUUAUUAUUAUUAUAAUUAUUAUUAUUAUUUACACUACUCCCUCCAUCACACUUUGGGGCUGAUUUUCUGGGAUAAUUUCACAAGGGUAAUAAUGUAUAUUAACCCGUAACUUCUUUCACAGUCUUGUCUAACCGUAAGAGCUGAUAUCAAAACAAAAGUGCACCUUAACUCUAUUUCUUUUCAACACAACAUCACCUUUACAGCUUUGAACUGCUCAGGACUUUGAGAAGGUUUUUUUUAGUGAAUUUGCAGGCUUCCUCCUGUUUGGGAAAUGCUGUUUAAAUUUCAUUCUUGUGUUUAGAUAUCGAUAAAGCAAUGGAACAUUUACAUGAGUUUGGGGUGUAUGGACUGGUUCACACAUUUAUUAGAAUGAGCUGUCUGUGUGAAUGGUGAGGGAGUGUGAAUGCGUACAAUAGAGGUGUGAUGCAGGUUGUACACAUGACCUUCUUCCCCCACCAUUUUUUUGGGUGAGGGGGGAAGGGCCAUGUUGAUCAUGUGUGCGUGUUACUUUGUAGAGUUAACAUGAAUGCUCAAAUUUCAUCAGUACCCGUAAAGAUGACUUAUUGGCCGUUUCUACACCUGCCUUUUCCCCCGGGAUCGUCCCAGGAUCAUCCCUGUGCAUCCAAAUGACACACAGGGGAUCCCGGGAGCAGGCAGGGACAAUCCCUCCAUUUGCCUGGGAUAAUCCUUAGGUGUAGAAAGGACCAUUUUUGGAAACUGCCCGGAGAGCUUCGGCUAUUGGGCGGUAUAAAAAUGAAAUAAAUAAAUAGAUAAAUAAAUAAAUGAACUGGCCUUAACAUAUUAUUCCUCACUGAUGCCAAGUCUUUUUGGAUCUGUAGUAGGGAAAGAGAAGAUGGAAACAUUUGAUGAAAUUUUGUGGUAGGGAAAAGAAAAGAGAAAUGAAGAGAGAGAGUUCAAAGACAGUGAGUGUUUGCUCCACCCGUAUGGAUGCAUUUGGAGGAAAGCCUAUGAGCACUGGGGAAGGGGGGGAUGCUAAUUUUGCUAUUGGUUUUUCUUUUGUUUUUAAAUUCCUCCAGUAGAACUCUGCAGUUGGUAAUAAACACAAUUAGCUUUUUCAACAACAGCCACCACCACCAGGGAAGAAGGAGGCUGUCUUUAGAUCUUGCCAUGAAAAACCCAGUCAAAAAUCCAUUUGUUUUGGAUUUUUAUAUCAAAUUUGGGUCAUGGUGAUCAAACGUAAUUACCCUCCUCCAUACCAACUGUCGCUGAGAUAUCACAAUAUUGUAGGGACUUUUCUAUGCAUAUUUUGCAUGCAUUCAGUGGGAGUGAAAAGUAGUUCAAACAUGAUUUUGUAAACCUCUUUGCAAUAUGGCAAGCCUCUUGUCAGUUCGUGAUGUUAAAGAAAAACAAUUGCGAGCAAAAUCUUUUUUUUAAAAAAAAUCUUUUAAUCUUGAUGGUGUGUGUGUGUGUGUGUGUGUGUGUGUGUGUGUGUGUGUGUGUGUAACACAAGUCUGGACUUCAAAUUGCCCCAAAGAGUGUCACCUCUGAAAGCAGCUGAAUCUCCUUCUCCUCCUCCUCUUCCUCUCCCGUUAUAUUUAGUAAGGCAAGACUCAUUAUUGUCAUCAGGUUGAGUUCUUCCACCCCUGUGCCACCUCAUUAGCUACUGCUUGCCUGGGUCAAGAAACCCUGCAAAACAUGCCAGGAGAGCAGGAGGAAGAGUCAUGAGUCUAGUUCUUGCCAGAAAAUUGGCUAGGAUAUAUGGUGGUACUGUGGCAUCACUGGCUACAUCCUUCAUUGAAGUGGGGAUAUUCAAUUUGGGUUAAGGACUAAGCAAGCUAGAAAAAAAGAGAAUGUUCCAUCUGGUUUAGUAACAAGACAUUUCAAAACUAUGUUUACAUGAAUCUGAGUAUUGGAUCCAAUUGCAAGUGUCUUUGUGUUGUUUCCUGGUUUUAAUAAUGAGUAAGAUUUUCUUUUUGUGGCUGCCUUCUAAAUUUUGGUUGGCCUAUUUUGCACUGCUUUAUUUCUUCAAAAUAAACUACUGAAAUAUAAUUGUGCAUUUUAUAUGUGUUUACAGAUGAUUAAGUAUAUUUUGUAAGUUCUCUGAAGUCUUAGUACAAAGUAUGUCUUAUAAAAAUGCAAUCCAAAUCUUGACUGUAACUAGAACCUAACUUUAAUUCUCUAGCGAAGUGGGUUGCUCGCUUUUUGCCCACCGUGAGUAUAACUGAUACUUAUUUAAGAAUGGCGCCGAUGUCACUUUUUCAUAUCCUGCAAAUAUUCUGUAACAAGAUGGCAUUAUAAUUGGCUUGACUGACAAACACCUUGGUGAUUUCCUGUCCUAUCAGAAUAUAUUGAGUAAAAUCAUACAUAUAAUAACUGCAGUCCUGCUAAUUCUUGCAGGUUCCAGGGAGACCAAGGAUUUGCUAUUGCGAAUUACAGAGCAAUGAGCAAGUGUAACUCCCCCCUACCCCUACCCACGCCUGAAAAAAAAUUGCAUCAGUCUAAAAUUGACUUUUUAGUAUUUGGGCUAUGAUUGAACCCAAGCUCUUGAUCCCAUACUUGAUUCUAAAGAUGUUUCCUUAUUUCAAUCUUCAAAGGCAGCAUUCUAUGUGAACUUUACAUGCAUUACAUGUUCCCAGGUGUGAACGUACAUGGUAGUCCCUCACACAUAGGGUGAAGAUGGUUCUACUUUUUUCUUUUCUGGAGGAAAAAAAUACACACACAGUCUAAUCCUUCAGGAUUUUUUGGUUUGUUUUUUUUUUGUUUUGGUAUAGCUCAGUUUAAAAAAGGAAAGGUCAGGUGUGAUGACUGUCUACUGGCUGAGCCCCUUAGAGCACUUUUGCUACUGUGGAGGAAGACUUGAGGGCUGAUGCAUAACUUUGGCAUCACUAAACUGUCGGUUUCCAAAACAUCUGGCGGGCACAAGUUUGGGGAAGGCUUGGGGGUUUUAGUACCCUAAUGCAAACUUCUCAGCUCUUUGGCCAAGUAUGUGUUGUGCUGUUUAUUACAAGUUAAAACAAAUUAGGCUUCUUCUGAAUCAAUGGCAGCCUUAGGACUCUUCCUGCUUCUGAUGUAAGUGUGCUAAAUCGAAAGGUCAGACGUGAGGCAAGCAACCUGCAAGGUCUUUGCUCCAUACACUUGUAACAUGUCCAGCUCUACCGUUAGCAUGGUCCAUGGUGGCUCCAUUAUUGUGGGCUUUCAGGAAGAGGUGAGAGACAUAUGUGUAUGAUGUCAUGGGCACAUGUGGACUGAGACGUUUCAUAGCACAAUUGGGCAUAAAUCCACAUCCCAUUCAGAAGUGCUGGACGGAAGCACUGUUAUCUUCAACCUCUGUCCUGAAAGCUCAUUUUCCUAGGAAAGAAAGGAUAAUCCCCCUAGCACCUUCAGUAUGAAUGUAAUGCAUUGACCCAGCUCUAGUCUUCCCAUGGUGUACAAAAUGAGCAGACAUUCUUCACGCUUUCUCAGAAUCUGUUCUAAUGUUGUUGUAGCCUGUUUAUGUAAAUUAUCCAAGACACUGAGCUCUACUUUAUAAAACAACAACAAUUAUGUGGAAGUAAGUUUAAGAAUGUACCAUCAUUUUCACGGACUUAAAAAAAUUAGAAGGGUCUAACCCUCUUCCUCUCCCUACAACCCUGUGGUCUCUUUGUACCCAUGAAAUGAAAACUGUGACUUUGUCACAGGAUUCAGUUAGCUUUUUAUGUGGUUUGAAAAUGUUCUCACAAGUUUAUAGAUGUAAAAAAUUUAAUCAAAUACAGCUAACACUUUUACUCAGUUAAAGAAAACUAUGUUGAUUUAAUUGUAUGAGUUUUAGUUGAUUGAUUUUAAAUGAAAUCUGAGUUGAUUCGUAAAUGAGGGGCUGGGGGAAGCCCAAUAGCUCUAAAGAAAAAAGUGUACUUUGUUUUUCAGUGAUCCAUGUGUCUAUGUAUUGGGCCUUACCUUAAAAGAGGCAUUCUGCUUUCUUUAGAGAAGUAAUUCCGCUUUUAAGUCGCUGCUUGCAAUCUGCUGUUUUUUGUUGUGUGUUUUAAAAUAGUCAUUUUUUAAAAAAAGUAAAAAUCUGUUACCCAAUUUAAUUGCCACCUUUUGAGUUUGUCAAAAUAUUUAGUUGAGCUAUUAAAUAAUCGAAUAAACCUUGCAGCUCUAAUUUUAAAACUCUGUUUUCAUCAGGACACCCCCUCCCAAGGGCUGAAUUUAUACAUAAUGCACAAUCCAUGGUAGAAACUAAGUGUUGCUAUUUCAAAACAUCUUGAGUCUCAUUACCAAACAUUUUCUUCUUUUCUUAAAAUGUACAAGUCUGUCUCACACAAUCCCCUUUUUCAUAACAUACAUAGAACCUUUCCUUCUUUUCCUAUCCCAGUGAAAAGCCUUAUAGAUAGAAAGGUAGAAUAUUAGGAAGAAACCUAUUCCCUAACAUACAUCUCCCAUUACAGGGAGUUUUUUUGUUUCUGUUUUGUAAUAUGGUGAAACAUUCAAUCAAGUAAAACUUUGCCUUCAGUCUGAAUAGGUACAGUCCAUGCACAAGAUCAACAUCAUUAUGUGGCACCUCUAAGACCUAAGAAAUAUGUAGUGAAAUUAGUUUCCUUAGAGCAGAACCUGCUUUAUCAGGUAUAUCCAUUUUCCUCAUGAUCUGCUGUUCUGUUUAGACGGCCUAAAAUAACAUAAUCUAACAUCUCACUCCUUCCGGUAACUUGAAAAAUAAGUUCUGGAUGUGCAGUUUGAUUUAAUUACUGUCCUUAAAAAUGGAAGAUGCUACAAUACUCAUUUUAUAAUUUCGAAUUAGUAAAACUAGUGAAAUUCAGGUGCGGGUGGGACUCACGUCUUCCUUUUUGCAAGUAACCCAGGCCAUGUUAUGUUUUUAUUUUCCACUGUUUGCACAGUAACUUCCUAAUAUAACAUUUCAAUGUGUGAUGAGAUGCAUGUAGUAUUUAAACGUUUGCAAAUAUGUAAGUAUUAAAAAAUUGUGAAUUCUAUAUUUCAGACUGGGUGCAGCCUGUAAGAAUAAUAGAAAGGUCUUUUAUUUCUUUUGUAAAGGAAAGAAAAAAGUCAGUGCUGUUAAAAAAAAGAGAGAAAAAAGUAUGAGAUCUAUUUUUUCCAAUUAAUAAUAAUAAUAUUUAUUUCUUUUGAUCCCACCCCUUCUUUGGUGUUUAUACAUUGCUCAUAUGCUUCUUCCCAGUGAGAUGCCAGUUAACAUCGCAUUAAACUGGACUUUACGCAUAGUUCAGGAUCAUACAUCUUUUACCUGACGAAUCAGGAAUUGUGUUUGGUGUUUUGGGUUUUGUUCUUUUUAAGGCAUGCUUAGCAUUUAUUGUUCCCAGUUCAGUGCUCAGUCUAUACGGGACCAUUUUCUUGCUUAUGCCAAGUUUGCAUCAGGUCAUUAAUGUUCAUUCAUUACCCUUUGCCACUUUAUAUAGUGUUAGCAAGCCUGAGUGUUGUGAUUUGCUUUGGCCCUGUUCAUAAAACUACUUUGAUGAAAAACUAAAUGGUUUUGUGUAUAUAUAUAUAUAUAAAUAUAUAUAUAUAUGUAAAAUAAAAAAUGUGGGCUUAUAUAAAAACCAAAAAUACUGCUUUUUACUUGUACUGCAUGACACAACAUCCUUCUUAAUAAUAAUAUGGUGCUUUUCUUCUCUUGCUAAAAUCAUUGAUUUUUCAAUAGUCGUUUAUCUCAUUUUGUCUUUAUUUGCCAAACACCUGUGACAGACAGUUUUCCUUUUUUUCUUUUUAACAGUAGAGUUAAAAUGCACUUAAGUAUCAUCUGUUGUUGUUUCUGUGUUUGCUUUGGAGACAAAACUGUUCUUUUUCCAAACCCCUGAUUGAAAUAAAUGCCUUAUUACA